GACUUUGAGACUUGGUCAUUUGGCAUUGUGCAAAUUUCAACAAUGUCGCUUAUGGAGGUUGACUCGCGCUUGGACAAGGAUAACAACCUGAGUGACCCAAAUGUCGUCACAAAAUACCGGACAGCCGCAGAUAUUGCCAAUAGUGUCAUGCGACAAGUAGUAGUUGCAUGUCAGGCGGGAAGGCGAGUAGUUGACUUGUGUCGUCUGGGCGAUUCAUUAAUCUCUGAAGCAACUGGCAAGAUAUUUAAAAAGGGGAACUUGGAGCGUGGUAUUGCAUACCCAACUUGCGUGUGUUUAAACGAGGUAGUCCAAAAUUUUUCUGCUCUGGAGGAUGAUGGAACAGUUUUGAAGGAUGGUGAUGUCGUCAAAAUCAAUCUGGGUGUUCACAUUGAUGGGUAUAUCUCGUCGCUCGCACACACGACCGUUAUCAAUCCUACUCCCCAACAACCUGUCACAGGGCGAUCAGCCGACGUGGUGUGCGCUGCAUACUACGCUGCCCAAGUCGCCCUCCGUCUUCUUCGCCCCGGUACCACCAGCUCAGACAUUACAACAGCCAUCUCCCGCGUCGCUUCCGCAUUUAACUGCUCGCCAGUAGCAGGAACGUCCUCUCACCAAAUCAAAAGGUUCAUUCUCGAAGCCGGACAAGAGAUCCCAAAUGCAAUUGAUGACGAGACUCAGGCGGAAGAGUUUGAAAUCACCGAGGGCGAAGCCUAUACCAUCGACGUUGUCCUCUCUACUAGCGCCGGAUCGUACCGUGAGCCGGAUCCGCGCCCUCUUGUCCUCCAACGGGACGUCAACACCACUUAUGCUCUUAAACUUAAGUCCUCCCGAGCAGCCUACAGCGAAUCGGCUAAACGAUACGGCGUGUUUCCUUUUGCCACUCGCGAAUUGUUUGGCGUGGAUCCUAAAUUCAGACUGGGCGUACAGGAAUGCGUUGCUCACGGCGUAUUGAGACCUAGGCUAGUGGGUGUUGUGGGGGGAAGUGAAAGAGUAGCCAGAUUUGCCUUUACCGUUUUGGUCAUGAGUUCUGGGCCCUUGACUAUUACGGCUGGAGAUUUGCCCAUGCCGUAUGUACACUCUGAUUUUUCAGUGGACACUGCUGGGUAUAAGGAUGUAUUGGAAGGCAAGGCGAGAACAGUCAAGACCAAGGCGUUGGCUAUAACAGAGCCGGGGCCUCAAGCGAUGGAUAUGUAGAUUACACACCCUUGCAUUUGUUUUCCGUACACUUGUAUAUAGAAAUCUUGUCACUAAUAUAGAAGGGUCUCCAUGUUGGUUUUUGAAACAGCAACA